AUGGUUGUCAAGAAACAUGACUUGGAGGCGGCCUUGUACGCGGAGAAACAGGACAUCAAUGCCGGACGACUAAAGGACGACAACCCGCUCGACCUCAGCGAAACCUUUCGGGUAUUCUGCGAAGCAUGCAGAAGAGGCGACUUGAAGGUCUGCCAGGAGAAGAUCACAGAGGGCGUCAAUAUCAAUGCGAGGGAUAGAUUCGACUACACGCCAUUGAUUCUGGCUAGCCUCUGCGGCCACUUCGAAGUCGUACAGCUUCUCCUCGAGUCCGGCGCCCUCUGCGAGCGAGACACCUUCCAAGGCGAGCGCUGCCUCUACAACGCACUUAACGACCGCAUACGCAACCUGCUCCUGUCCUACGAUUACUCCAAGAGCACAGAUCCGCUGCAGCCGCUGGCGGCGCAUAUCACGUCCCUCCUUACUCGCGAACACCCUAAGACGUCCGAUGUCGCGCUCGUCACUGCGGACAAAACGUUCCACCUGCACAAGUUCGUGCUUUCGGCGCGAUCGCCAUACUUUGCGAAGAAGCUUGCGGCAAAUCCGGAUAGCACAUCCUUCAAGCUGGCAAACACUGUCCCGCCGCAAUCAUUCGAGGUCGCAGUGCGGUACCUAUACCUGCAGGAAGUGGCAGCGGACUUAGGGGAUGGCGAGGAAGAGCAGGCCGUACUGACAGGGAUUGACAAGCUCAGCCGGCAGCUGGAGAUAGACAGACUCUUCGAGAGCAUAUUGGAGGGUGGUGACAGGCGGCUAGCUCGGCAACGGAGAACAGAAGAAGUCAACCGGGGCCGAGACCAGCUGCACACGUGGUUCCAGCAGAAUGUGCUGAGGCAUAAGAUCACGGUUGCAACCAGCAAAGCAGACAGCGUACGAUGGGAUCGCAACAAUGGCGUCUUCGCUGACGUCCUGCUGCGGGCAGACGAAGAUGCAGACGAAGAGGAGGAUGAAGCAGAACGGCCCGCUCCGCCAACCGUCCGGCAGACUUCCGGCCCCCUGAACGGUAUUCCCAUAGGCCCAAUGUCAUAUCCUUCCCGCUCGCCCUCGCGAACCCGCUCAUCCCGCAAAUCUGUCCUCUUCCCCGCGCACCGCGCGAUGCUCCUCCGCUCCGAAUUCUUCUCGACCAUGUUCUCCUCCUCCUUCCGCGAAGCGCAGUCAACGCUCUACCUGCAAAUUAUCCCCAUAGACUGCUCCCCCGCUGUCCUCGAAGUCGUGCUCACGUACCUGUAUACCGAGAAAGCGGACUUCGGGCUCAGCAUUGCCAUCGACGUGCUGCACGCCGCAGACAUGCUGUUCAUCGAGAAGCUGAAGGCGCGGGCGGCGGUCAUCAUCAGCACGUUGGGGAACGGGGGCGCCAGUGUUGUCGAGGCUGAGAACCCGAGGGGCGAGACGGAUAUUGAGGAGGUGGUGGAUAUCUAUGAUGUUGUGAGGGCCGGAUGGGAUACGAGGGUGCACAGGCUCGAGGAAUUUGGGGCGCGGUAUAUUGCGUACAGGCUUGAGCGGUUUAUCGACGAGGAGGAUUUUGCGGAGCUGGUUAGAGAGAGCGCGAAUAGGAUUCAGGCUAGGCAGGAGACGGAUACGGUCGAGUUGGUCGACGACAUCCGCUACUACCUCUCCGAGCGUUUCCGCCUCCGCUUCGAAGAUGCUGGCCUCGACGAAAUGAUGGACGAAUCUCCCGAGCCCCAUCUCCAACCCUCCGAUCCAGGAUAUAUUGACACCUGCGACGAGGGGUCGGAGGGAGAACUGUACGCGGCAGACAUGGAACAGAUGCUAGCGGGAGGCGCCGUCAGGACGCUGGAUGGCGAGGUUGCGGGGGAUGAGUUCACGCAGGACGCGAUCAACUAUCAGAUCUUGCUGGGGAAGAUCGACCGGUUGCUUGACCGGCUGAGGUUGGAUGCUUAG